CACGACACUGCCAACCACUACUGGAGCCGCCGUCGAUCAGCCCAGAUCCAGAUUUCUUAAUCGGAGAUGUCGCCGUUCGUGAAGUUUUAUCUCUUCACUUACAAUUUUCUCCAAGCUUCUGCGUGGACGAUUUCGCUUCUGAGUAUACUUAACAGCUUUUUAUCGAACAAGACGAUCAAUGUUGCGUACGCUUCUGCUGGAUACUUGAUUAGUGUGUUUCAAACUGCUGCUCUUCUUGAGGUUCUUCAUGGAGCUAUAGGAAUUGUCCCCAGUGGAUUCUUGUCUCCACUGAUGCAAUGGAGUGGAAGAACCCAUUUCAUAUUGGCUAUUGUUGGACAGAUCAAAGAGGUCCAGGAUUCGCCGUGGCUGUCUAUAACACUUGUGGCUUGGUGUAUAGGCGAGAUGAUCAGAUAUCCUCACUAUGCUUUUACUUGCCUCGGUAGUUGUCCCUAUUGGCUAACCUAUCUCAGGUACACGGGAUUCAUCAUCAUCUAUCCAACGGGACUAGUGGGUGAAUUGUUGAUCAUGUACAAAGCACUUCCAUUUGUUAAAGAAACCAAUCUUUACGCGAAAUUCUUCUCUGUUUUCCCUUUCAGUUACUACGAUUUCCUUUGGGCCGUCCUCUUGGUGUACCCAUUCCUUUGGUUGAAGCUUUAUCUCCAGCUUUUCAAACAAAGAAAGUCUAAGCUUGGAAAAUCGGAGAAGCUUCACGGCAAGAGAAAGAGAGUGUGAAGCCCAUUCAAUCUUACAAAUGUAUCUCUCAUCUUUGAUUCUGUGCACUAACUUGUUCCCAAAAUACUAUUAGAUCUUUCAAAUAUUUAAUCUGUAUGAUUUACCGGGCUUCAAGUAUCAUUUGAGGUUACCCAGAGAGGAAGAACAAAGUGAAUCACCAACAGAAAUCCAAAUACAGAGUUUCAAACCAA